UCGAGUAUAAAAGUAGCCAUCUUUCUUAGUUUCUUUUCUUAAUUCCUCUUGGCCUAAAGCAUGGAUAGAUUUUUAUCCAUUAGAAUUAUAACUUCUAUUGUCACGCAAUAUUUAUUAGAAUACAGAAUGAAGUCUUCGAUGCUCUUAUUGGUUCUGGCGUGCUGUAUCAUUACAACAUACGCCCUGGAUUGUCCUCCGUGUGACAAAUCUGCCUGUCAACCUCACGGAAGAUGCGUUGCCGGAGUGGUUAAAGACGUUUGUGGUUGUUGUGACGUGUGUGCAAAGAAAAUUGGCGAAGAAUGUGGAGGACCCGACGAUAUGUAUGGCAAAUGUGCAAGUUGGAUGGCGUGUAUCAGGAGGCCACUCCCUCCUCCUGAAAACGUCGACAUUAAAAUUUGGCAUAAAAAUCAGAAAGGAAAAUGUUUUCCCUUAGAUAAUAAGUAAUUGUAAAUAAUCUUUGAAUAAACUACACAUGAUUCAAUCGAUAAGGUCUAUUUAUCAUACUGUGAAUGAA